AUGAAAGAUGAAAUAGCCGCCGCCGUCUUCUUCAUCACCCGCCUGGUGAAAAAACACAACAAGCUGAAUAAGCAACAGAUGGACAAGUUUGCCUGCACGCUGACCACGCUUCUCUUCGAGAGGUAUAAAAACCACUGGUAUCUCGACAAUCCCACAAAAGGACAAGGCUUCCGGUGCAUCAGGCUAAACUGCUUUCAGGCCAAAGAUCCACUCUUGGACCAAGCGUGCAUGGCGAGCGACGUGGACUUUCAGAGCCUCGGUUUGCCCAAAGAGAUGACCAUCUGGGUUGACCCCUUUGAUGUCUGUUGCAGAUACGGCGAGAAAAACCCAGCGUUCACCGUGGCUCACUUCACAGGCCAAGAGGAUGACUGCGACGUCUCUCAGGGCAUCCGGCAGGCGGUGGAGAAGGCCUCCUCCACCACCUCCGAUUAUCACUCCGGCACUUCUUCUGAGGAGGAUGGCACCACUAGGGAACCCAAAAGCAUCCCAACUGUUAGCAAUCCCAACAGCAUCUAUCAGUGCAAUGAGCCGUUACCCCUCUGGGCCCAGUAUUCUCACCGAAGAUGCUUUGUUCCUGAUGGCGUCCAUCCAAAUCCUGCUGCUGCUUACUAUGUCCACUACAAGGGGUACAAAAUCUGCCGCCCCUCCCUGCCCUUCGGUUGCCCGCGCGUGGACAGGUACCACUGGGUCAAUUCCAGUCGAUAA